AGUAUCGUGUUAAUAUUUAUAAACAAAGCGAAUGAAAUACAUAUAUGAAUCAAACUGUCCUAUACCUGCUGUUUUACGCGCGCUAAAAUAGUUUCUAAACAUGUUUAUGUAACAUCAUAACAUCCGCGUUACAUGACCGCGUGCUAUGUGAACACAAUGUAGAAUAAUACUUGCAUAAACGAGGCGAACCAAUAAAAUAUUUAUUUAGGUAAGGUAAAGAAAAAUGAUACACCAAAUAUGUGACUGGCCGAAAUUCUUUGAAAUCGUUCGUAAGAUGACGGAACAAACUAAUCGUUGAUCCACGGUCACGCUAAAAUUGCUAUUGCAUGUGCAAAAAUAUCUACAUAUGCAUAGAUUCAUACACGAGACACUACCAAGCGCCCUCGAGUGACAGUACCGUGUAGCAUUCUGACGUUUUGUUGCCUUGUAGAAACGUCAUUUCGUUUAAUGCAUGCUCAUGCAAGGAACGUCGUUUAACUUCGGCUAUAAAAUCUAACUAACGCGAGCGUGUAGAAAUUAUUCUGCCUAGAGAACGAAACGACUGAAUCAACGGAACAACUGUGACGUUUGGAUUACUGGAAGGAGAAUCAGCCAUUAGUGGGAGAGUCUACAUCAUUUCUCUGGCCGUGACUGACUGCACAUAUAUAUACAUAUAUUCGCCACGUAUGUAGGUAUGUGCGUAUGCGACCCUGUUGUACGAUUCUCCAGCAAUUUUGGUGGUUUCUAGAUAUUUCGUUGAUAUGGAAGUAAAUUAUGCGCAACUUGAGCACCGAUUGUUGUCAAGCAAAUAUUAAAAACAACAAAUACAAUAUCGAAAAAUUUUAGAGGGAAAUCGUCGAAUGACCUUGAACAUGGUCAAGCGAUUGUUGGACCUUCUAACGCGAUGUGUCAGACAGUCAUGUCUUCAAAUUAAUCUGUUUCUUUAAUUCAUUCGCGGUAAAUAAUUUGUACAAAAUUUUUUCGUUCGGUGUUGUGUUUUUAUACGUUUUAUGCAAAAAAUAAAUAAAUUAUGAAUAAUAACGAACUUUAUGUGCGGUAGUGUUUAUUCGGAAGGAUCAGAAAUGAGUUGUGUUCGUUGCUGUUUAAUCGGUGCUGGCCGUAUAGCAUCCUCUAAUCACAUAGCAAAUCAUGUUCACAAAAUUGUGAGAGUUGCUGUGAUUAGAUCAUUGACAAUCGGUAGUGCUUUAGGGAAAGCACCUACCGAACCUACACCGCCUGGCAAAAACAGUAGUAACGGAGUGUCCUCUGUUGGCGGCGGUGGUGGAGGAAAAAAAAAUACCCUCACCUGUCCAAAGUGUGGAGACCCUUGUACACACGUAGAAACCUUUGUGUCAUCAACGAGGUUCGUAAAGUGCGAGAAAUGCCAUCAUUUCUUUGUUGUUUUGUCAGAGAUAGACUCAAAGAGAAGUUUCAAAGAAGCAUUAAGAUCAGAGGAUACAAAACAAGGGUUUUAUAGAAAACCACCACCUCCACCAAAGAAGAUAUUCGAGUACCUAAAUAAACAUGUUGUGGGACAGGAGUUUGCUAAAAAAGUUCUGAGCGUUGCCGUUUACAAUCACUACAAACGAAUCUACAAUAAUUUGCCAAUGCAGAAUUCGGCACAAGGAUCUACCAAUUCAGCCGGUACACAAGAUCUGAAUCAUCCGUUCACUCACAGAGGUCUUAAACCACAUUUGUUACAUAUUUCGACAAUCGGAAAUUCACUCGGCGUUGGAUUUCAACAAUUUCCUAGUGGAAACGAGCAAAAGUCAGCUGGCAAUCAAUCGGCCCCUGGUUCUGAUAUUUUAGAUAGUAAACAACAUCAGUUAAAAUUAGAGAAAAGUAACAUUUUAUUACUUGGCCCAACCGGUAGUGGGAAAACAUUGCUUGCACAGACAAUAGCCCAAUGCUUAGACGUACCAUUUGCAAUCUGUGACUGUACAACAUUAACACAAGCAGGUUAUGUUGGGGAAGAUAUAGAAAGCGUUAUCGCAAAACUCCUUCAAGAUGCUAACUACAUAGUAGAAAGAGCGCAAAUGGGUAUUGUAUUUUUAGACGAAGUUGAUAAAAUUGGUGCUGUUCCUGGCAUACAUCAAUUGCGAGAUGUUGGCGGAGAAGGCGUACAACAAGGAAUGUUAAAAAUGUUAGAGGGUACGAUUGUAAAUGUGCCCGAAAGAAAUAGUUCCAGAAAAUUACGCGGAGAUACCAUGCAAGUUGACACUACAAAUAUUUUAUUCGUUGCUUCCGGUGCUUACAAUGGAUUAGAUAGGUUAAUUUCGCGGCGAAAAACCGAAAAGUACCUUGGAUUUGGCGCAACGCCGUCUUCUGAAAGUCCCGGAAGGAGAGCCGCGAGUCUAGCAGAUGUUGCAAAUAUGUCGCCCUCCACAGAAAAGGAUAAUAAAGAGAAAGACUUUUUAUUACAGCAAGUUGAAGCAAGAGACUUAAUUGAUUUCGGUAUGAUUCCCGAAUUUGUUGGCAGGUUUCCUGUUCUUGUACCUUUUCACACUCUUGAUAGAGAUAUGUUGGUUAGAAUUUUGACCGAACCUCAGAACGCCAUGGUGCCUCAAUACCAAAUGUUAUUUUCAAUGGACAAGGUGGAAUUAACGUUUACUACGGAGGCUUUGAACGCAAUAGCUACAUUAGCGAUGGAAAAAAAAACAGGCGCAAGAGGACUUCGAGCAAUCAUGGAGUCAUUAUUAUUGGAACCCAUGUUCGAAGUUCCAGGUAGCGACGUAAUGACUGUCCAUGUAACUGAAGGUUGUGUACAAGGAAACGAGAAACCACAGUAUAUCAAAAGAGGCGAUGCCACCGAAGAAGAGCUACAAGCUCAACAUAUACAUAAUUAACAAAUAAUUCAUAGGAAAAACGUGCCGCACGUUUGAUCCUUUCCUCUCAUCUACCAUUAAAAUAUCUUUCGAAACUACAUUUACGGAGAUAUUUUUUGGUACAUUAUACAAGAUAAACUACAAGUGAAAUUUGAUUUGUAAUAUAUCAACAUAUGUAAAACAAGAUUUUACAGAGAAAAAUAUGCAUACAAAAUUGGGAAAUAUUUUUAGAAACUACGUUUUCCAUGAGAAUACGUACGCAUAUCGAACGGGUUAUACUACAAGGUAUUGUGUCAACUUUGCUAAUAAUUUGAAACCACAAGAUGCUUGGUCAAGAAAUGCAUUUUUUUUUUAUUUUUUUUUUUUACUUCACUUCUGACUACAUAUAGAAUUAAGACUUUCGAAUACUGUUGAUUAGAUUAGAUAUAUUUCGACUACAAUGGGAACAUAAAAUUUAUAUAUUUUUGUCCCUUAUAAAUAUAACAUUUAUGCGUGCGUUCGAUAUAUUAUUGUAUUAUAACAGAUAUAGAGAAAAUUAGCGAUAUUUGUGACCUAAUUUAUACAUUUUGUAUAACGGGUACCAUAAAAAACACAUGUAAUUAACGUAAUACUUGAACAUAGCUAUUUGAAAGUCAAAACACUUCGUAAAAUAACUUAAACUUGAAUUUUAAAUUUAGGAGAAAGGACUUUUAGGGAAAUAUUAAGUCUUAUAAAUGAAACGUGAGAGUUUGAAAAUCGAAAAGAAUAUUGCGUUGACGGAUAAAUCAAGAAUGUUUGUAACAUAUUGUACAUACACAUAAUAGACUAGCAAAAACGAUGAAAUUAAAAGUUUAGAAAUUGCAUAUACUUUGUAAAAGUAUCUUUAUACAAAAACGCUCGUUAGCGAUAAACAUAAUUUAUCUCAACAAAUUAUUUGACUAUAUAUACAUAUAUAUAUAUAUAUAUAUAUAUGUGAAAUGUAUAUAUCAUAUACGUUGUAUAUGCGAUAGAUAUAAAAGAAAGGCUGUGUAAUAUAUGAUGCAAGAUGAAAAAAGUACAUAUGUGAAACUAUAAACAAACAUUACUGAGAUUGUAUAUCAUGUGAUACUUAUUUCAUCGAAUCUGUUAUCGGUUUUCGAGCAUCGACACUUCAUCUUUUUAUUAGUAAUAAAUCAAAAGUAAUACAAUAUGUAUAUAGAGUACUUUCUUUAUCUAGUAUAUUGAAACGAACAAGUAAACUUUUUAUAUAACCAAGUCUCAAUAACUACUCCAUGCGAUCUUAAUUUGAAAUGUUACUUUUAAAUAGUUUUUUUGUCAAAUGUGAAGGUAAAUGUUCAUUUUAGUGACUUUGCCCUAAAA